UUUCGGGGUGUGGCCAGAGAGGAGCUCAGUAUCAGCCGCAGCCGUAAGAGGUCUACUGCUAAACAUUCACAGUGGAACAACGAUUACUUGGUUCUAAGUGAAGGUGGAAAUAUAGGUCACAGGUUUGUUUUUUUCCCAGUUAUAUUGUUUUUCUGCUUUUAAAUUUUGUGGCUCGGUCAAAGUCUGCGUCGUCAUUGCGGAGCCGCAGGACUGGGUUUUUGUGUCUUUUAUCGCCAUGCGGAGACUACUCGCCGCAGUCCUGCUCCUGUCGCUUCUAAAAGAGUCUGCUUGUAUCACAGUGACGGUACCCCUGACAGAGCGCACCACAGCUUUGUUUGCCUCAGUGAUCAUCCGCUGUGAUUACUCCACCUCUGCAAACCUCCAAGAUGUUCUCGUCACCUGGAGGUUCAAGUCCUUCUGCAAGGAUCCUGUGCUGGAGUACUACUCCACAGCUUACCAGUCUGCGCUGCAGCUGGGACAGGACCCGGCGAAUGAUUGUCAAGACGGUCAGCGGACGGUGCGAGUCGUAAUCCAGAAGAGAGGAACCAACGAGCCGACUCUGGGAGCCGAAUAUCGGGAGCGAAAGAUCACCAUCCAAAACAAGGCAGACCUGGUGAUAAGUGAGGUGAUGUGGUGGGACAACGGCGUUUAUUUCUGUGCAGUUGAUGCUCCUGGAGACACCACUGGUGACUCAGACAAAGAAGUCAAGCUCAUCGUCUACCAUUGGCUAACAGUGUUGUUUAUCAUCAUCGGUGCCCUCCUCCUACUCCUCCUCAUGUGUAUUUGCUGCUGCCAGUGUUGCCCGCAGGUCUGCUGCUGCUAUGUCCGCUGUCCCUGCUGCCCACAGAAAUGCUGCUGUCCUGAACAAGCUGUCAUGCAGCAUCGCUUCAUGAAGGAGGCUCAGAUGGCCAUGCCUCAUUGGAUGGGUGGACAGCCAGUAUAUGCACCAAUGAAUAACCCGGCCCUCUAUGCAGGAUCUGUCUCUGGGAGGAGCAUCCCGUUAAAGCCAAUGCCCCUGCCUCCCCCUCAGUCUACUGCUUACAGUGUCCAAGGCACCCACAUUUCAGCCAACACCAAUCAUAUGCUCGACUACCUGGAGAGGCAGGUGCGGGGAAUCGAUGUCACAAGUCCUCUUUUACAGUCCACGCCACCUUCCCACAUGCAGCAGAUGCCACCUCCUCACCAGCACAUGCCUGUUAAUAUCCCAUUUUCUCCUGGGCCUCCCAGUAUGAUCUCCGCCCUCGAUGGUCCGGGGGACCGCCGCAUCAUUACACUUCCACCAAUCAGGCAGAAGCAGUCAGGAAGAAUUCCACCCCUAGCACCCAAGAGCCGCCCUCCGAGCUCCAGCGAGAGCAGCCGCAGCGGCUUUGGUCACCACGAUGAUCGUGGAGCAUCCGGUGGAAGGCGCUACCCCUCACCAGCCAGAUCUAGAGGAAUUCCCCGGAGCUACAGCGAGGAGUCUCUGGACGGGAGAGGUCGUAGCAGAACAAGGCCGGGCAUGGAUCUUCCUCGCUCCCAUUCCAGGGAUGAUGUGUUUGACAGCAGGUCAAGAGGAAACUACUCUCCUCCAGCAACAAGACACUCCAGAGGAUCUUGGAUCUCUGAUGAUGAGGCCAGCAGCAGGAGAGGAGCAACAAGGGGUAGGAGAGGAGGAGGAGGCUUGCCUGACAGACCUCCCAAGUACACAGAGUACGAGCCAGGACAGAAACCAGGACCACGGAGGAAUGAUCCCUACUCUGACAAAAGUUCCCGCAGCGCCACCAGUGUUGUCAUCUAAGCUGUCCAGCAGUGAAACAAAUUCAAACUUCUCAGCAAAUGUGCACAACUCAUCCGCCCUGUUGUCUGGCUGUGGGUAAACCUUUAAAAAGAACGAUGCACCAACUUUUUUUAUUAUUACUUAAAUUGCGAAAAGCCAGUUGGAAAUCUGAAAGACUCAAUGAAGCCUGUAAAUUGCAAAAAACAGCUAAUUUCUGUGAUGUUUUUUUUUUUUGCUUUCUGAAUCUCACUCCCCUCUGCUGGUUUGUUUGUAUAUUUAAAAUAUUCUGAGAGGACAUUGAAGUCAAAGCUUGCUUUUAGAUUACUAUGUGGAACACGGGAGGGACGCGUAUUGUGCAGCACAGGUACCCUAGUCACAUUAAAACAUGACAUGCUUAUGCAUUUGCAAUCAGGGCUAGGAAACUGACUACAGCUGUUACAUUAAGACCUAUUUGAACCCUUAAUAAUAUGAAAGACCCUUGCUUUUUCUGCUUAAUUGUGUCACUUUUGUAAAUAAGCUUAUUUUUACAUCUGAAUAUCUUAAAAUGAGUGCAAUAAAUAAUCUCUCAGGUUGUGAAGGUGUGGACCACAAGAGACAGGAUUAUUCUGGGUGUUUGUAAAGCUUUGUGGAGGCAAUAAAUUACAUGUUUGCGCUUAAUGCUCACAAAAAAAAACCUUUUAAACGUGUGUAAAUAAAUGAUGUAGGACACUUAAAACCUUUUUACCUGUUUAGAGAUGCUGACACAUUCUGAAGAGAUGGUUCCCCCAUUGAUUUCUCUUGUUUAAAUGAUGUACAGUUGGUUUAGAUUUAUUAAUAAAAAACUUUGUACCUUU